CGAGGCGCGCCGGGGCAGCUGGAGCGGUUCCCUCGCAGGCGGCGCCAUGUUGUGCUAGGAGCCGAGCUAGACCCGGGCCGGUAGUGUGUGAAGUGGGCGGCGGAGCCAGGGGCCCUGGAAUGGCGGAGACUCUGUCAGGCCCAGGAGAUUCGGGCGCGGCGGGCACAGCGGCUCUGAGCUCCGCCUCGUCGGAGACCGGGACGCGGCGCCUCAGCGACCUGCGGGUGAUCGACCUCCGAGCGGAGCUGAGGAAACGGAAUCUGGACUCGAGCGGCAACAAGAGCGUGUUGAUGGAGCGGCUGAAAAAGGCAAUUGAAGAUGAAGGUGGUAAUCCUGAUGAAAUUGAAAUUACCUGUGAAGGAAUCAAGAAAACACCAAAGAGAUCGAGCAAAGGGCGUAAACCAGAAGAAGAGGGUGUGGAAGAUAACGGGCUGGAGGAAAAUUCUGGGGAUGGACAGGAGGAUGUUGAAGCCAGUCUGGAUAACUUGCAGGAUGUGGAUAUAAUAGAUAUCAGUGUAUUAGAUGAAGCAGAAAUUGAUAAUGGAAGCGUUGCUUAUUGCGUAGAGGACGAUGAUGCUGAUAAUCUCCCAGAGUCCCCGUCUGACAGUAGAGAGCUAUUCGAGGGAGACAUGGAAGAGCUUCCGGAGCACCUUCAAGAACAAGCUGUAGAGGACAAAGAAACUAUAAGCAACUUAGAUACUUCAUCAUCUGACUUUAGUAUAUUACAGAUGAAAACAGAUGAGAUGGGAACUUACUUUCAGGAACUUGAAGAGCCAUCGCUGGAGCUAGAAAAUGAGAAAAUACUCGACAUUUUGGGGGAAACUUGUAAAUCUGAGCCAGUAAAAGAAGAAGGUUCCGAGCUGGAGCAGCCAUUUGCACAGGAUACAAGUAGCGUGGGGCCAGACAGAGAGCUCGCGGAGGAAGAGGACCUUUUUGACAGCGCCCAUCCGGAGGAGGGUGAUUUAGAUUUGGCCAGCGAGUCAACACACGCUCAGUCGUGCAAGGCAGACAGCCUGUUAGCGGUAGUGAAAAGGGAGCCCGUGGAGCAGCCAGGCGAUGGCGAGAGGAUGGACUGUGAGCCUGUAGGGCUAGAGCCGGCAGUUGGGCAGAGUAGCGCAGCCUCCGAGCACGCGGAGGCCUGUAGCGAAGAGGUCGCGGAAGCGCCCGCAGAAGCCCCAAGUCCAGAAGGCAGAGAUAGCAAAGAAGACGAGAAGAAGUUUGAUUUUGAAGCUUGUAAUGAAGUCCCUCCGUCUACUAAAGAGUCCUCAACCAGUGAGGGCGCUGAUCAGAAAAUGAGUUCUGUCGACGAUGACUCGGAUACAAAAAGGCCUUCCAAAGAGGAAAAGGGUCGAAGCAGUUGUGGUAGAAAUUUUUGGGUUAGUGGACUUUCUUCUACAACAAGAGCUACAGAUUUGAAGAAUCUUUUCAGCAACUAUGGGAAGGUGGUGGUUGCCAAGAUUGUGACAAAUGCCCGGUGUCCCGGAGCUCACUGUUACGGCUUUGUCACAAUGUCCACAGCAGAGGAAGCAAGAAAAUGCAUUAAUCACCUGCAGAAAACGGAGCUUCACAGGAAGAUGACCUCCAUGGAAAAAGCAAAAAAUGAACCUGCUGGUAAGAAAACCUCUGACAAAAGAGACAGUGAAGGGAAGAAGGAGAAAUCAAGCAACAUGGACAGGGCUGCUGUUUGUAGAUCUGCGAACCUUAAAAGGGACGAUAAAACGGACAGAAAAGAUGAUGCUAAAAGGGGUGAAGAUGGAAAUGGAGAAAAGAAUAAGGACCAAGAUGACCAGAAACCUGGUCCCUCAGAGCGAUUGCGAACCACAAGAUCAGGGAGUCGAGGAACUGAGAGGACUGUAGUCAUGGAUAAAUCUAAAGGGGUGCCUGUUAUUAGUGUGAAAACAUCGGAAUCCAAAGAGAGAGUUUUCACAAGCCAGGAUUGUAAAUCAAAUAGCAAGGAGAAGCUGUCCGUUGUGUCCUUUGAUAAGAUUAAAGAAGUACAAAAGUCGAGAGACUCAGAGUCCCCUAGAGUGUGGGAGGACAGUGAGCACGAAGAGGUCACGCAGGCGCAGUGGGAGGAAGAGGAGCGGGAAGAGCGGGAGCAGCUGGAGUUUGCCCGAGCGAGGCUGGCCUACCAGCGGCGGCGGCUGGAGCGGGAGCGCAUGGAGCGGGAGCGGCUGGAGCGGGAGCGCAUGCACCUGGAACAAGAGCGCAAACGAGAGCAGGAGCGCAUCCACCGUGGGCGUGAGGAGCGGCGGCCCACGGGGCGCAGGCCCUACGACCUGGACGGCUGGCGAGAUGAUGCCUAUUGGCCAGAGGCCAAGCUGGCCGCCCUGGAUGAGCGCUACCACUCUGACUUCAACCGCCAGGAUCGCUUCCAUGACUUCGACCACAGGGACCGGGGCCGCUACCCCGACCACUCGGUGGACAGGAGAGAAGGUUCAAGGUCAAUGAUGGGAGAAAGAGAAGGACAGGCAAUUGAAGAUGAAGGUGGUAAUCCUGAUGAAAUUGAAAUUACCUCUGAAGGAAACAAGAAAACAUCAAAGAGAUCCAGCAAAGGGCGUAAACCAGAAGAAGAGGGUGUGGAAGAUAACGGGCUGGAGGAAAAUUCUGGGGAUGGACAGGAGGAUGUUGAAACCAGUCUGGAUAACUUGCAGGAUAUGGAUAUAAUAGAUAUCAGUGUAUUAGAUGAAGCAGAAAUUGAUAAUGGAAGCGUUGCAGAUUGCGUAGAGGACGAUGAUGCUGAUAAUCUCCCGGAGUCCCCGUCUGACAGUAGAGAGCUAGUCGAGGGAGACAUGAAAGAGCUUCCGGAGCAGCUUCAAGAACAAGCUGUAGAGGACAAAGAAAAUAUAAACAAUUUAGAUACUUCGUCAUCUGACUUCACUAUAUUACAGAUGAGAACAAAUGAGAUGAGAACUAACUUUCAGGAAAUUGAAGAGCCUUCCCUGGAGCCAGAAAAUGAGAAAAUACUCGACAUUUUGGGGGAAACUUGUAAAUCUGAGCCAGUAAAAGAAGAAGGUUCCGAGCUGGAGCAGCCAUUUGCACAGGAUACAAGUAGCGUGAUGCCAGACAGAGAGCUCGCGGAGGAAGAGGACCUUUUUGACAGCGCCCAUCCGGAGGAGGGUGAUUUAGAUUUGGCCAGCGAGUCAACACACGCUCAGUCGUGCAAGGCAGACAGCCUGUUAGCGGUAGUGAAAAGGGAGCCCGUGGAGCAGCCAGGCGAUGGCGAGAGGAUGGACUGUGAGCCUGUAGGGCUAGAGCCGGCAGUUGGGCAGAGUAGCGCAGCCUCCGAGCACGCGGAGGCCUGUAGCGAAGAGGUCGCGGAAGCGCCCGCAGAAGCCCCAAGUCCAGAAGGCAGAGAUAGCAAAGAAGACGAGAAGAAGUUUGAUUUUGAAGCUUGUAAUGAAGUCCCUCCGUCUACUAAAGAGUCCUCAACCAGUGAGGGCGCUGAUCAGAAAAUGAGUUCUGUCGACGAUGACUCGGAUACAAAAAGGCCUUCCAAAGAGGAAAAGGGUCGUAGCAGUUGUGGUAGAAAUUUCUGGGUUAGUGGACUUUCUUCUACAACAAGAGCUACAGAUUUGAAGAAUCUUUUCAGCAAAUAUGGGAAGGUGGUGGGUGCCAAGGUUGUGACAAAUGCCCGGAGUCCCGGAGCUCGCUGUUACGGCUUUGUCACGAUGUCCACAGCAGAGGAGGCAACAAAAUGCAUUAACCACCUGCACAAAACGGAGCUGCACGGGAAGAUGAUCUCUGUGGAAAAAGCAAAAAAUGAACCUGCUGGGAAGAAAACCUCUGACAAAAGAGAUAGUGAAGGGAAGAAGGAGAAGUCAAGCAACAUGGACAGAUCUGCGAACCUUAAAAGGGACGAUAAAGCGGACAGAAAAGAUGAUGCUAAAAAAGGUGAAGAUGGAAGUGGAGAAAAGAAUAAGGACCAAGAUGACCAGAAACCUGGCCCCUCUGAGCGAUCACGAGCCACAAAAUCAGGGAGUCGAGGAACUGAGAGGACUGUAGUCAUGGAUAAAUCUAAAGGGGUGCCUGUUAUUAGUGUGAAAACAUCGGGAUCCAAAGAGAGAGUUUCCAAAAGCCAGGAUCGUAAAUCAAAUAGCAGAGAGAAGCCGUCCAUCGUGUCCUUUGAUAAGAUCAAAGAGCCUCGAAAGUCAAGGGACUCUGAAUCCCGUAGCAGGGUGCGGGAGCGCAGUGAUCGGGAGCAGCGCAUGCAGGCGCAGUGGGAGCGUGAGGAGCGCGAGGAGCGGGAGGAGCGUGAGCGGCUGGAGUUUGCCCGGGAGAGGCUGGCCUUCCAGAGGCAGCGGCUGGAGCGGGAGCGCAUGGAGCGGGAGCGACUGGAGCGCGAGCGCAUGCACGUGGAGCAUGAGCGCAGGCGUGAGCAGGAACGCAUCCACCGUGAGCGCGAGGAGCUCCGGCGCUAUGAGCAGGAACGGCGGCCUGCAGUGCGGCGGCCCUACGACCUGGAUGGCCGGCGAGAUGAUGCCUAUUGGCCAGAGGCCAAGCGGGCCGCCCUGGAUGAGCGCUACCACUCUGACUUCAACCGCCAGGAUCGCUUCCAUGACUUCGACCACAGGGACCGGGGCCGCUACCCCGACCACUCGGUGGACAGGAGAGAAGGUUCAAGGUCAAUGAUGGGAGAAAGAGAAGGACAGCAUUAUCCUGAACGCCAUGGAGGACCAGAGCGCCACGGCCGGGACUCCCGCGAUGGCUGGGGGGGCUAUGGCUCCAACAAGAGGCUGAGUGAAGGCCGGGGGCUGCCUCCUCCACCCAGGGGCAGACGUGACUGGGGGGACCAUGGCCGAAGAGAGGAUGACCGGGCAUGGCAGGGUUCAGCUGACGGGGGCAUGAUGGACCGGGAUCACAAGAGGUGGCAAGGUGGUGAAAGAAGCAUGUCUGGUCACUCUGGGCCUGGCCACAUGAUGAAUCGGGGAGGGAUGUCAGGGCGUGGCAGCUUUGCCCCUGGUGGGGCCUCCCGGGGCCACCCCAUUCCGCGGGGCAGAAUGCAAGGCGGGUUUGGAGGCCAGAGUGGGGGUAGCAGACCCAGCGACGCCCGCUUCACUCGCCGCUACUAAGUACUUUGAAUCCUGUGUCCGUCAUGUGGCAACAAGACUAUGUUCUGUUAGGAGUUAUCUUAAACUGUGUAAAAAUAUUUUUUUUAUCUGCUGCCAUAUUAUAGCUCAACACAAUGUGAAUUUGUUUUUGUUUUGUUUUGUUUUUUUGUAAUAAAUGUGUUUCUGUUCAUAUACCCUUUA